AUGGCCCCAGCCCUGGCCGCCGCCACGGCCCUCGUUGCAUCCAGGGGCGGCGGGGCGGGCAGGGGCCGCGCUCAGGCCCGAGGCAUCUGCGAGGUGGACGAGCGGCCCGAGCCACUGGGAGCCAGACAUCCAGAGCCCCCAGGCACCCAGAAAGUGAUCUCGAUUCAUCCAGGAAACCCAGACAUCAAGAAGAGACUCCGAUCCACCGGGACCCAGAUAGCCACGAAAAAGCCAGAUCCUUCCAGAGAACCCGGACAUCCAGAAAACAGGCCUCCAUCCACCCGCGCCCAGGUAGCCGGGCAAAAAGCCAGAUCCAACCAGAAACCUCAGACACUCCGAAAAGAAGCCCCGAUCCCGUCCGGGAAAAGCCCCGAUCCACCCGGACGCCCUCCGAUCACGGAUGGGAAGACCCCCUCGAGGGGCCCGGCGGAGCUCCCGGCCCUCCCUCGGUUCCCUCGGGACACCCGCACGCCAGGCCCCGACCGGCAGGGCUCUGGGGUCUUCGCCCACAGCCGGGUCCCUGCCGAGAGUCGGCCCACAUUCCGGGAUGACCCCCCCAGGGACGUGGAGGGGCGAGGAGGUGGUCAGCGGGUGGGAUGGCCACCCAUCGUGCCUAGAGCACUCGGGGAGCACAAGAAGUGUCCGGCCCCAGCCCUCGCGGAGCUUACAUCUCCCGACGGGGCCGGCCGACGGAACCUCUUUCCAGGCAAGGGGAAGGACGGAGCUAAAGCUGGAUCUGACGGGAAACAGGGAGGCCGAAGGCGGAAUAGAUCCGUGCAUCUGCAGCAGGGCGAGGGCAAAGUUCCUGGAGACCUCAGCCUGAUGCAACCCAAUGCCAACGGGGCAGAGCGGAGGCUGGGGAAUUCCCACGGAGACGCUCCCACACGGCCACCCAUCCGCCACAUCAACACGGACCUGCCAGGGUCACAGGCGGCCAUCCUCAGGCAGGCGGCAGGCGAGGGGGCAGGGGACGCCGGCCACCCGGACCCCCAUCUUCCCCGGUCGGGAUCGGGGCUCAGAGAUGGCCUACUGGUCACCGCUCCACCACCACCCGUCCUCUCCUCUGGCAAAGACAUCCUCCCGCCCGGCGACUUUGCUUAUUCAAGAAGGGAUUUUAAACCCUCGGUCUCCGUGGCUAAAUUCCUUGAGGUUUUCUGUCCAAGUGCGCACGGCUGGUUGGGGCUGGCGCCAAAAAGGGGUCUCGAGGGGUGCCCCGGAAAGGGGUCGAACCAGGCCGUCCCCGGGAGGCACGAGGGCUGCCGGGGCCCGCGCAGCUUCCCGGCGCCCGCUCCUCCCGGCCCCCGGUGGAAACUCACUCGAGAGGACGGCGGAGGCAGGGAGACGUUAAAUAAUUCAACCGUCCGCAGGCCCGAGACGGGACGGGGCAGGCCGGGACCAGGAAUUAAAAGCAAGGCCCUCCACGGUGGAGACAAGCAGGGUUCGGCAGGGAUUCGUCGGCGGCCCCCAGCCGAGCCCCCUCUGGGGCCCUCCGCUCUCGGCGACGCGAGCCAAUGGGCCCCUGUGGCCGUGCAGUCCAGCGGUGGCACCGGAAUAGAGGAGCCCAGCCGGCCCACGACUGGCCGGCAGGAUUUCCUGAGCGCAGAUCGCUAUGCAGGCGUACCUCCCGCCCCCGUGGAGGCCCGCACCCCUCCCCAUCCAUGCGCAUCAACCCCCGCCGAGGCGUGCACGCCCCCACUUUACAAACCCACCCACGGGCCGAGCAAGUUGAAAUCCUGGGCAACAGACCCUGCCCUGGGCCCUGAAGGGGACUGGGCCGGAUCCGGGAGCGCCUGGGACCUGAAGGACACCAGGCGCGUGUCUGUGGCCGGAGGCGGCCAGGACCGGCCGGGGGCCCUCCCCUGUAUAGGCGCCCGCGCUGGCUGUUCGCGGGGCGGGGGGACCCCGGGGGAGAGGCUGAUGCAGGGGACAAAGUUGGGCGCCUCGCCCCCUCCCCGUAAACCGCAAGACCCGCCCAGCUCCAGCGUCCCGUGGGUUCGCCCUGCGGAUUGGCAGGACGCCCCCGGCUGCGGGGGGCUGGCGGGGGGCCGCAGGGGCCGCCCCGCAGCAGGAGGGAAGGAGGGCAGAGGGGAGGAGGGGCGGUUGUGGCUCCGGCUAACGGGGUUUGGUGCAGGGGCGGCCCCCCCCCCCCGCUUCUCUUACCGUGUCCGCGGUCAGCCCCAUGACCAUCCCCAGUCCCCGAGGGGAGGGAAUAAUUGGGAGCUGGUGACCCUGCGGAUGCUGGCCCAGAGACCACCCCCACAAGCCGGCCCGGGAGAACCCAGCCAGAGCCUGGAAGCGGGGGAGCAGCACAGGGAAAGCUCCUCACCGCCCCCGCCGCCUGUUGUAAUCGGCCGGGUGCGUUGCUGCUGGUUGCCGGUUGUUGCAAUGGUAUUGCAGUAG